CCCAAUAGUUGUUGGUCAGUGUGUGCAUUGCUGGGAGUGCCUCCCAAAUAAGCUAACAAAUUCUCGCUAGAUAUCGGUUAUUUUAUUUUGGAUUAACGUUCAAGUAACCUAAGAGUCAUUUCUCAAACCGUGAAGAAUUAUAUAUUUUUCAGUAAAUAUCCGUUUUGGUUGUUCGCCUUGACAAUAGUGUUUUAAAGGCCUGUUUCUAACUACCGACCUAGCUUAGUUAGCAAGCUAACAGGAAAUCCUCGAAAUAAGGUAUCUGGUGGACUCUGGGCCGAGGAAAAGAAGUGGGUACCGAUCGUAGUCUUUUUUUUUUUUGUAGUUAAACCACUCAAAUCCAUUAACCAAAUGGGGACAGUUCGUCGUAUGCAUUCAAAUGGUGGAUAUAAAACAUAACUGUCUGAUCUUUUAGCCAGUUGGUAACAACUACUGACAGUAUAACGUUAACUUACCCAGCUAGGCUAUACAGUGUCUGUUAGCAAACGAGCUAAUGUUUGGGUUGUUUUGGUGUGUUUUCUAAAGUAAAGUUAGUUGGGCUUAUCAUGUUAGCAAAAUUACAAUGCAUGUAAGGUUCGAAUACACGGCACGACUUGGUAUCAGUCGAGAGUAAUUUGCAGGUUUCAUGUUUAGUUUACGUUAGAUAACGAAAUAUCUGCGUUAAAUAAGCUAGGUAGUGUUAUCUAAUCAAUAGUAAGGUAACUUCAGUUCAGCAACUAAAGAUCAGCAAAAGGCAUCGUAAGGUUGAAAUGGUGCGCCAGCGAUUGUUUUGAACUUUAAGACCACAAACUGUUGAUUUAAACCAUUCAGUAGCGUUGAUUUUAUUAAAUUUUUCCCGGAUGAAGCCUCGCUUUCGAGAUUGGAUGUUAUCUGGAUCUGCAGAUUUCGUUUGUUCUUCUUGGCGUUGUUAAUUAAAGCCAACACGUGAGCAGCCACACUUAAACGCUACAAACUAACUGAUCUGCCUUUGUGCCAGACUGAGAAACGGCGCAAUGAAUCGUUAUCUGCCAGUUGCACGACAGCACUUUUUGGGCGCAUUAGCCAAUACAAGUGUUGUGGUGAAGUCCAUAAGCGCCAUAGUUCUUCUCCUGUACCUUCUUUCAUGGGCAGUAAACACUCCAUACGCACUGGGCGUGACGCCUGGCUACCUCUUUCCUCCUAACUUUUGGAUCUGGACCCUGGUGACCCAUGCUGUGGUGGAGCACCAUGUUUGGGGAGUGGCAGCCAACGUGGGGACUGUGAUGGCCUGUGGCCGGCUGUUGGAGCCUCUAUGGGGAGCUUUGGAGCUGUUAAUUUUCUUCGCCGUGGUCAAUAUCUCUGCAGGCCUCCUAGCAGGCCUCUGCUACUUACUUACAUACAUUGCCACCUUUGACCUGGACUACCUGUUUGCGGUACGCAUCCAUGGGGCACCAGCCUUCCUUGGAGGAGUGUUGGUGGCCCUCAAGCAGACCAUGGGGGACACAACGGUGUUGCGGGUUCCCCAGGUGAGGCUCAAAGCGGCCCCGGCGCUGGUCCUCCUCUGCAUAGCCCUGCUUCGCGCUUCAGGUCUGCUGGAUACUGCUGCCCCGCUGGCAGCCUACAGCUUUGGCGCCCUAGCGGGCUGGGUCUACCUACGUUUCUACCAGAGGCACAGUCGGGGCCGCGGGGACAUGUCAGACCACUUUGCCUUUGCCUCCUUCUUCCCUGAAGCAGUGCAGCCCGUGGUCGGAAUGCUGGCUGGCCUGGUGCACGCAGCCCUAGUGAAAAUGAAGGUGUGCCGGAAAAUGGUGAAGCGUUAUGAUGUGGGGGCUCCUUCCUCCAUCACCAUCAGUUUGCCGGGGACUGACCCCCAGGAUGCGGAGAGAAGGAGGCAGUUGGCACUGAAGGCUCUGAACGAGCGACUGAAAAAGGUGGAGGACCAGUCGGCCUGGCCGAGCAUGGAUGGUGAAGAGGAUGACGAAGAAGAUGAGGUCCGGACCGACACCACUCUGCUCUUGGGGCAGGAAAGAACCUCGCCAGGAGCAGGGCCUAGUGGCUCUCAGAACACCACGGGACAGGAGUCCAGCAUCAUCAGCUUUGAGGACGCCCCCUCACGCUCAUAACAGAGAACUGAUACACACUCAACCAUACUCACUUUUGACUAGCACACACAUACUACAGUGGCUACACCAACAUACACGCCCUAGCAAUUCAUUUUUACACCUUGUCAAGGUUGUCAGUCUAUUUCUUUUAUGCUCUUAGACUCUCCAAAGUUGUAAACCGAUACCUUCAACAAACCAUUGCUCUCCGUGCCCCACCUGCCUGUGUCCAUUGAAAAGUGAAUGCAAUGAGGUAUCACAUUGGACUUUAUCUACCACUUCACAUCUCUCCUGAAUAAACAUUUGAAUGGGUGUACAAAGUAUUUUGUAAAGCUCUUUUGACCCAAAACAUCUGCUGCUCGUCUGACUGACAGAUCUUAUGACUGAGACACUAAGACUGGAGCCGAGACUCUUGGCAAACACCCCAUCUGUUGCUGUGUGUUACUGUUAUCCCAGAGCAAGUUUUCAGCAGACCGAUGCAGACUUUUAGUGGUUUUCUAGGUCAUCCUUUUAUGCAUAAGUGUGUUAAGUCUUUCUCUUUUCUCUCCAUCACCAAAAGACAGAUGGCUCUAGAUUUAUUUCCCAAGCUGUUUUGCCACUGUUAGAUCUUCUGUUUCAAAUAUUUCCAACAUUUAUGGGACACCUGAAAAGUGGCUUUGUGGUUGAUGUAUUUCCUUGAGUGUUUUUUUGUUGUUGUCAGAGAUGCUUAUAGGACAACUGAGAGAAAAUGUUUAAUCAUGGACAUUGCCAUGAAUGGCAUCUGCUAUUUAAUUGAAAAGGGGUACUUCAACAUAACUGGCAUAUCCCUCCUUAUGACUCCAACCAUGUCAUCUGGAGGGAGCAGUCAAUUACACCACAAUGUGCUACUUUAAUAUGGAGAUACUCAGUGAUGCAUCUCUUUGGGGUUACUUGAAGACAGUACAGGAAAUGAAACAACACACUCCACUCCAGCCUGUUUAUUGCCCUUGCCCUGGGCUCAAGUGUGAGACAUCUCACAGGCAAACAAACCGAAGGUCUGUUCUGUUCACUUGAACUUUUACAGAAAUAUUUGUUCUAAAAACCAUGUUUACACAAAAUGUUCUUCAAUUGACUUUGAGGUGUGUUUUUACUCCCUUUGGGUGUGGUUUGAGGCAACGGUUGAAUUCCGUUAGUCCAAAUUAACAUACCUGAAAACUAUUAAUUUGUGGAAUUUGCUAAUUUGUGUUGUUAUGCUUGCCUCUUACUAUUCCCUUGCAGUGAGUCUACGUAGCUAUAGAUUUGUUGAGCUGAAAUUGCUCAAUGUAUUGGGAUCACUACUUUUGCCCUGGGUACACUACGGUGAGAUUGACAAACCAAAGUAGUAGCAAGUCGAUUGCAUUCCCUGCAAGUAGUUAACUUUUUUAUUAUAGUUUCACAUUAAUGAACUUAUAAAAAUGUAUGUUGCAUCUGAAUCUGUUACUCAGCUGGGCAAAGGAAGGGGACUUGCUCUCAUUUAGAUUUUUGGAAUUGAGUAGGGUUGCAUUCCAAACUUAAAGUAGACAGGCCCUUAAACCUACACCCUCAACCCUUCAAUGGCAUUUCCCUAUUAAUUUAUCACAUCAUGCUUUUUCAAAUAUGGUCUGUUUUAUUUAGGCUUACCCUGGCUCAGUGUUUUGAUAAGUGUGAAUAUAGUCAGGACAAGGUGAUGUUUUUCAACACAUUUGCUUCAAUUAUCUUUACAUACAUAAAAUAUAUUUGCUUAUAUGUAGCUAAUGUAGAUAAGUCUCCUUUUAGUCCUAUAGUUAUUUAUAGUUAUUGAAACGCUGAAUUGGAGUAAGCCUACACAAAAUACAGACCUUAUCUGAAGUGGAUCAAAAAAAUCCCUGUGAAAGAAAUAUAUGGUGUAAAAAGGCAGAUCUGCUUGUCGGGUUUUUAUGGGGGUUAUGCCAUUAUUUCAUGAUUUUUAAUCUAGCAAGGGAGACAUGAAGUUAGCUAAAUUGCUAAGUUAGCGAGUUUGCUAACUCACUACGCACCUGAACAGUGAGGUUUGAGUCUGACACAAAAAUGUAGUUGUGCUGAUUAAAUUUGAUGUUUUAUUGCUACCGGCGUUAGACACGUGAUUAUAGUUUGCAUUGAAUUGUAGGUGAUAUAAACUGUUGCAUGUUAGCAAUGUUGCUCACCCGUCCCCUGGAGCUAAAUCAAGAGCGAAGGGCAAGCUUUUGUGAAUUGGACAGGGAGAUGGCACUCAAACUGCAUCUGAUUUCAGUGGGGAUUCCCACUAAAGAAAGUGACUAUUAGGAACUAAAUACUGGGUGAUUGGACAGCAGCACUUGAAGUGUCAUAUUUAGGGGACAGUGUCCAUGCUGACAGCGUUCCUCAACCCAAAACCAAUCCUUCCCGUUUGUGUUCAAUUAAACAUUCCAGAAUGUAAAAAAAUUAUGAAUUGCAGCAAACAAUUCCCCUUCAGCUGAUUACGCCCUACCAGAACAAAAUUGCUAUAGAGGCACAGGGUACCAAAAUAUCUGUCAAGAUAAUAAUAUUUAGAGGGUGUGGGGCCUAGUUUCCUGUACUGUUGCUAGUUGACUUUAGCUCAGAAUUCUUUAAGUAAUUCUCAGGUAAUCCCAGUGUCUCAGAGUAAAGGGUGCAUUACUGGUGUGGUACAUUAGCCGAUAUAAAUAGGUUGGGUUGUCUUUGUUCAUACUUUUAAUUUGAGAUCUGUCAAAUUGUCUGUUUUUCUUGCCAGCAAAUUUGGUUAUUGUGUGAUUUAGGUAUAUGAAUGUGUAUCAGGGAGCACACUAGAUGUUUUUAUGUACACAGUGGUUUCCUGACAAUGUGGGGUGAUUUGUCCUGACUAAAUUUCAGCAGCUUGUAACAAUAAGAGCAAUGCAGCUAAUGCAGUUUUGACUGACUCUAUUCUCCCCAAGGAACAUAUUGUCAAUCUAUAGUUAUUUUUACUAUCUGAUUUCUCUUUUUUUGCCCCCUAUUUAUGUCUUCCAUCUCUGAAUGUUGAGGACGAUAAGUACUGCACUCAGAAUCUUUAACUCACAUACUGUAUUUGAGGUUUGAUUAUGCUAAUUUACUGUACAUGUUUGUGUGGAUCAAAUGAAAACGUUUGGUAUGGUAAAUGAUGCCAUUACUGAUGCAUUUCUGUUUAAUUUGUUGGUGAAGGUGACUCUAAGCUUGUUUGUUUUUUUCAGAUGUUUUGUGGAAAGGACAGUUCCUCUGGAUUUCCACUAAUGUUUCUCUUUCUUUGUACUGUUGUCAUUGCAGACUCCUCUUAUUAGUUCAGAUAGUUCUUUAUCUAUAUGAAAUAAAAUACAAUUGUAUGACAUCUA